GCGUCACCACACCCGGCCGCUCUGUGCUUUUAAAAAAAGACCAAGGCAAUUCUGAACACCGAGGGCCGUGUGAGCGCACCCCAUGCUGGGGGUCCUCUUCGCUCUGCCUCGGCGUGGGCGCGGCUUCCUCACCCGCAAAGGCGGGAGAAGCGCGGCGCACCCGAAAGCGCCCCUCCUCAAGCCCACGCUGGGAAGGCUGCCCAGGCCAGGACACGAAGCUCGGGGGUCUUCUCUCCUUCAGGCCACGGCCUUCUCUCCCAGCCAGAAGCUCCUUCUCCAGGGAAGAACUGCGGCACAGGCAAGGGCUGGACACCGGACCGCAGCCUUUCUAAGUCUCUGAGCUCUCAUUUCUAAAACGGAGAUAUUUCUGAGACACCGCUUGGAACUGUAGCGACGUUUACCAACAAGGUAAAGUCAGGCGCCCGAACAGUUGCUAUAAACGGCACUAGUAACAGAAUCGCAGUUCCGGGUUCCGGUUCCCAACAGAAGCGCGAUUUUCGAACCGUCUUCUCCACUUCUUCCACCAGUUCAGCAGCGAAAGCGCCGGACAUUCAGGAACAAUCAGGAAGCUGUCGCCAUGGCUACGCCCCGCCCCCACGCCCGCUCGAAGAGCAUGCCGGGAGUUGUAGUUUCAUAGAGCAGCUGACCGACGGGCAGGGCCAGUUCCGGGGGGGGCACGACACUCACCAUUCCUGCGCUCACCGCACUCUGCAUCACUCCCUGCUUCAAGGCCACAAGACCUAAAGUUAAAUGCCAGGAAUGAGUCCUCUUUCCCACGGCUGUGUGAGUUACGCCUGAAGGCAAGACAAGGGAAGUCAUGCAGUGCCGAAAGCGAAGACGACUUCCGUGGAGUAGGAAGGAGCGCGGCUUCCGCCCCGGGAAGAGAAGCUCCGCCUCCUUACGUCACUUCCGUAAACAAAGGGCGCUGCGGAGACGCGGGUCAGGAGAUGCGAGCCACGCUUUCGCGGCCGCUGCAGUGCUGCCUGCCUCUGCUUAUCGCUUCCGGUCAGUUGAAGAACGGGACCCCGGCCUCCUUCUUCAUCGGGUGUUAAGAGGCUGCCCUCAGCGCGGCAGGGAACUCAGGACAAUGGAGGAGCGGAAAGUGAAGAGGAGGAGUCCUAAGUCUUUUAGUGCCCACCCUACUCAGGUUGUUAAUGCCAAAAAGAACGCCAUUCCAGUCAGUAAAAGCACAGGGUUUUCAAAUCCUGCAGCACAGUCAACUUCACAGCGACCAAAGUUAAAAAGGUGCUUAGACCACCCAGCCGUCUCCCCAGCCCCAGGAAAUGAGUGUUCCAUAGAGCAAAUGGAACACGUUCGGGGGAUGCAGGAAAAGUUAGCCCGCUUGAAUCUGGAGCUCUAUGGGGAGUUAGAGGAGCUCCCUGAGGACAAGAGGAAAACAGCCAGCGACUCCAACCUGGACAGGCUGCUGUCUGACCUAGAAGAAUUGAACUCUUCUAUACAAAAGCUGCACUUGGCAGACGCACAGGAUGUUCCAAACACAUCGACCAGCUAAGCUGCAGUGCCGUCUCCUUUCCUGGGGUUUGCAACCAAGCUGCUUGCUGUACUUUUCCAGCUGAAUCCAGUAGCAGACCCAUCUUGCAUCACAGGU